AACCUUGACGAAAAGUGUGUGGAAACGUGCUAAUAAAAAUACAUUUUUCGUGUAAGUUUGACCACAAAGAUAAAGAUGGGUUCGAUAAAGACAUUACAAACACUUUUGUGGACGGGACUUGAGAAUGGACUGCAAGCAAAAAUGGCCAGGCGUGAAUUUCUUUCCUUCAGAAAAAUUUUGGGAAUGACGAUGCCAGCAACAUCAUGCAGAUGUUUGCAUGCAAGCCAGGCCAAUUUAAAUUCAACAACACCACCACUACAGCAAACCCAUGCUGAGCAAAGUGAGGAGGAGAAUGUUUCAGAACAGUUGUCAGAGAAUGAUAGAGUAAAUCCACACUUCAUCAACCGUAACCCAAGGAAUCUUGAGUUGAUGACAGUGGCCAGGAAAGACAAGGGAUGGUCUCAGAGUUACCCCAGGAAAGACUACUGGCAUAAGUUAUUUGUUACCAAGACCAACCGACACAUCUCAGCACGCAUUGAGCACAUCAAAGGCGACAUAGUGGUGCAGGCAUCCACCAAGGAAUGGGCCAUCAAGAAACACCUCUACUCUACCUCAGAUGUAUCAGCCUCUGAGAACCUUGGUAGAGUGCUUGCUGACAGGUGUCUGGAGUCCGGUAUUAACUUUGUACAUAACAGCAUGAAGAAGACGGAUAAGGAACAGGAAGGGAUGGCAGUGUUCCUCGGUGCACUUGAAGAAGGAGGUUUGGUCCUUGGCGAACCCAGAUCGAUCGUGGAUUUCAGACGGCCAAUCAACUACUUUCCAGAAGUGGAUUGACAAAGGAUCAUUGAAACUGAUGAAACUCUAUCUAUUUUGUACACAUGAACUGAGAGUUUCUCUGUUACAAGUUUCUACACUGAUAUUUUUUAAAUGGAUGCAAAUUAGGAGCCCCUUUUGGGUCGCAACUCCAGCCUAUGAUGCUAUCAACCAUCCCCAGGGGGAACAGGGUAAAAGGAUUCUUAAUCCUCCUGGCUUGUAUCAUUGUAAAGUUGGUCCUGAAUUAAUGAAUAAGUGCAGAGCUUUUUACAAUUUCAUGAAUUAUAAUUCUAAGGGUGUAAAUUGUCAGUACAACUGUGUAAUCUAAUGCCCACAACCAUAUUUUUCACUGAAUUUUGAACCAUUCUUCCAAAUUCCAAAAGACCUAACCAUUCAGGUCAUUGAGGCCAAAUGAGGGGGGGGGGGGGGGCAACACCCUAGAAUCACAUAUACAUUAUUCAACAUUCUUAUGUGAUUCCUUGUGGAAGGAACAGGAACCCAUUUCACAAAACCUUUCAUCAGUAACAAAUGACAGUUUUUGUUAUAAGCUCAUGAAAUCCUUGCUUCUGAUUGGUUAUCAGCAAAUUUGUCACUGACUGUUGUCAUUUGUUACUGAAAAAGGCAUUGUGAAACGGGUCCCUGAUUUUAGCAGUUGAAUGUAUCAUUCCCAUGUCAUCCCCAAACCAUACAGUAAGCAAAGAUAUUUACCAACAUAUUUUACAAUUUCUUUGCACAAUUAUACCGUUAUCUUGUUAUUAGUCUACGGUAGUGAAAGUGAUCAUGAAGAACCAUGGAUAAUAAUGCUAUAUCCAGGGCUUUGCAAUUACUUUCUACCAGAGGUUCUGGAGACUUGUUUGCGCUAGACCUCUAUUCACCUUUUAACAUGCGAGAACUUGGGAAUGCUCGUUAAAUUUUGAGAGUUCCUGCAUAGCAGACAUCUGUUAUUGUGAAGCAGUUCUUGGUUUCGUUUUCUGAGUGCUGUAGAUAAACAAUAUGAACAUGAAAAGAAAAAAAAAACCAUGACAAUACCAUCAUGAAUACCAAA